AUGAAGAGAAGCUGGCGAUGGUGGCGAAGAGUGAGAGAAGGGGAAGGAGGAUGCCAGAGGAAGGAAGUCGCCGUUCUGACGUCGCAGCUUCCGCCGGGGACGCGUCUGGCUUCGUCGGAGGGCUGGGCGGCCGCAGCCGCUGGCUGGGCAAGGGGUCUUCAGCGUGGCCCCGGGCGAUUUCAUCCGAUCGUGCGCUCUGUCGUCCCCUACGCCCUUCGAUUAUCCACGGCCACUUCGGCUUCUUCAAGGCGCCGAUCGAUCUCUCCGGAGAAGGAAGACGAGGAAGCGGACGGGGAGUUUGGAACUCGCAUCAACGUCCAAGGGCGAGAAAGUAAUCCUAUUUGUUUCUCUUCUUGUGCCCGUUGGAAUUCGCUAACAAUCUCCGGAGCUGCGAUAUUAUCAGCUACUGGCAUUUGACUGGCGGAGUUCACCUCCUACUCCACUGCUUGCCUCGCCUUAGACAAUUACCGCUGAUUCUGUUUGAGCAUUUACUUUUCAGUUGAAACUAAGUCUGAGAUCGAGGAAUGGGAAGAGGAAGACGACGCCGAUCCUCAGGUAGAUUUUCUUGGCUCUAAGGAAUGUGGAGCCCCUCGCCCCGGACCCGGCCCUCCCUGCAAGAACAGAAAUAAAAGAAAAAUCUGAAACAGUACUCUAGAAGUAAGCUACUGUUCAAUAUCUGUAUUAUGAUCUUCUCUUCUUUUUCGUUGCCCAUUUUUUUCCAUUAAGAUUGGCGACGGAGGAGACGGCGGCGGGAUUAACCUGGGAAACGUUGCUUGGGGUGAGCAUGCUCUCUCAAUGGCCAAUGAGGUUCUGCGUUGCAAUUUCAGCGAUGACUUAAAGAUGUUUGCUUUCAAGAUUUCUCCCAAGGGAUACAUCUACAUUAGACUGGAUAAAAUCUCAAACCGGUAAGGUUGCUUCUUUUCUCUUUUGUACCUCAUACUCUUUUCUGCAGAUAGUUUUUGAGUAAUUACCUCUGUGCUAUCACUUGUACAACUGUACGGGUAGACCCUACUGUUUGAUUUAUCCCUUGGUCCUUUCCCACCGGAAGACAGCAUAUCACUCCCGUUGAAAGUAUCAUCAACCACAUUUUCCUGUCCCGUAUGACAAGAUGUAUGCCACCAUGUGUAAUACGUGUAUAGUUAUGAGAAAAUUUCUGGUUUCGAAAAUCAACGAGCUAUUCCUCAUGAUGUUAGAGAAAAGUAUUAUAUUCUGCAGGCUUUUACUUUGUAAAUAUUUAUUUCAUAGUAGUAUCGAAUACCAUAUCAAUACCCUUGAAAGCCAAUAACUCCCCAACUCUGACGAGUUGGGCCAUUACGAAUUAGAUUCUCCAGAAGUCACGUUAUUUUUUUUUCGUUUAUAAUUGCUGAUGUUUUCAGCGAUGUGGAGAAUAUACUAUCUAGUAAAUUAAUUCAAAACCAAAAAAUCUUUGGUUUGAAAGUGUACCUCGACGUUGGCAAUCUUUCAUAG